GGGGCGCGGCCAUCCGCCGGCGGGCGGAGGGGGCGUGUCCGUGCCCCGUGUGGGCGGGGCCUCGGUGCUGAUGGACGGUCCCGGGAACAUGGCCGCGUUACGGGCCGCCAAGAAGGCCCUGCGCCUGGAGUUGAAGCGGAGGGUGGCGGCGCUGAGCGACGCCGAGAAGCAGAGGCAGACCGUGGCUGUGAGCCGGAGGUUACUGGUUCAUCCCAAGUACCAGAACUGCCAAAGAAUUGCUGUCUUUUUGAGCAUGUCUGAUGAAAUUCAGACAGAAGAUAUAAUAAAAGACAUUUUUCAGUGUAGAAAAGAGUGCUUCAUUCCACGGUACAAGGCUGGAAGCAACCACAUGGAUAUGGUGAAGCUUGGCUCAGUUGAAGAAAUGCGCAACCUGCCUGUGACAUCCUGGAAUAUUCAGCAGCCUGCUGAAGAUGAUUUGCUUGAGGAGGCUUUAACCACAGGAGGCCUUGAUCUGAUCCUGAUGCCUGGUCUGGGGUUCGACAAACAUGGUAACAGAUUGGGAAGAGGGAAGGGUUACUAUGAUACUUACCUGGAGCGUUGUCUGAAGCAUCCAAAGGGCAGGCCCUACACAAUUGCCUUGGCCUUCAAGGAGCAGAUAUGUGAUCUGGUGCCUGUGACUGAAAGUGAUAAGCCAAUUGAUGAAGUAUUGUACGAGAUACCAUAGGUGAGUUCAUCAGAGCCUGGCGGAUUGGACACAAAGUUCAUUCUAAGUAAAGGACAACAAUUAUCCAUGAAUGUUGAAAAGAAUAAUCACAUUUGAAGCAAAAAUAAUUUAAUAAUUAAUAGGGAGGAAUUUUCUGCUGAUCAGUUGUGGAAAACAUUGAUGGUUCAAAUGAUGAGAAAUAGAUUUUACCCAUUGAACUGCUUCAUAAAGCUGGAAACAAAGGUAUUGACAAUUUAUAUAUUUAUAAACAAGGAAAAUAUUAUAAUACAUCUUUAAUUUUUUUGACUUAAUAAAAAGAUUUGCUAUUGGAA